UUACUAUAUAAUGAAGUUAGAAGCAAUAUCAGAAGUACUUGGAGAGAAGAAAAUCUUGGAAAAUGCGUCUCUUUGGAUUGGUUUUACUAAUUUCUUUGCAACUCAACGCGAGCUUCGGCUAUUCCCUGCAGAGAGCCAACAAAGCAGGAUGUGCAUUCAACUUGGACAUCAGCUCACCCACUUUUCCUCCUCAUCUGGUUGAUGGCAAUAAGAAAAUUGUAUUGCCAGUCAUAGAAGGCACAGCCAGAAUCAUAAACCUAAGCGAAGGCCAGCAAGUUACAGUUAGCUGCCUAGGAACUGGAAAUUCACUGCUUGCGACUGGCUUGCAGCUCAAUCCGGCCACAUGCAUGGCCAGUUCCAAUUUGCAGCUGUCAGAUGGAACCGAAUUCUCUUACGGCCAGUUAGGCUGCCUUAAGCAAAACAAAGAAAUUCUGGUAGAACAGGGAACGUGCGCCAACGGACCGGGCACGUUUAUCCGCAACGGAUGGCAAUUUGGAGCUGAUUUUAUUCCACUUUUUGACAUGUGCCAUGACGAAGCAUUGGCCUUGAAUUACUACUCUAUCGACACAGUUUUCGGCCGUUCAGCUAACGCAGACGACAAGGGCAACGAUAGACCAUCCUUUAGCCAAGACGUUUACUACCCCGGUCUAAGCGUUAACACCCUUUACACUCAAGCAGAACAAACCAAAACAAUUGCCAUGAUUGUUGGUUCCCAAGAAUUAGCUGCCCAAUAUAUCAGGCCGAACACAGAAUAUUACUUGUCACGCGGACACAUGGCUCCGGAUGGAGAUUUUAUUGAUGCUGCUAGUCAAGAUGCAAGCUACUAUUUCAUGAAUACGGCUCCGCAAUUUCAAACAUUUAACAACGGAAACUGGAAAUAUUUAGAGAUUGGCGUCCGUAAUGAAGCACUUGCGCGUCAACUUGAUUUGACGAUUUACACAGGAACGUUUUCUGUCAUGACACUGGCUGAUAUCAACGGUGUUCAGCAACCUAUUUACCUCGCAUUCGAUGCCAAUAACAACGGUUUACUGCCAGCUCCAAAAUACUUCUGGAAAUUAAUCCAUGAACCCAUUUCGAAUACUGCCACUGCUGUUAUUGGAAUUAACAGUCCUUAUUUAGACCCUGUGAUGCCAGAAGAUAUCAUAUGUCCCGAUGUGUGCGCACAGAUUCCUUGGGUGAAUGACGCAAUUUUCGGAUUGACAAAUAUUGCUAAAGGUUACACAUUCUGCUGUACGGCCGCUGAGCUUCACAAGGCUGUCAGUUUUGCUCCCAACUUGGACGUUCCUCUUUUUAUUUAAUCCCAAGAUUUAUGGUAAUGAGCAAACACACAAACACCUAUCAGCUUAGUAGCCGGGGGAAAUAUUAGAUUUGGUGUUUGAUACCUAUAAAUACUUUUUUGUGUUGUUUGCAUUUAAUUAGUCUCUGAAUACCCGAAAGUCCAGAUGGUUUCAUUACAAUUGUCUCGGUUUGCUUUGAAAAUUAAAGUGCCUAGACAAAUUAGUUCAUGCUCGA